AUGAAGUGGAUUGUGCCUUUUCUGGUAGUCUUUGUGCCCCUGGCAGCGGCAGCGGAUGCAACCAAAGAGUUGUUGACCAGUCUGCCUGCCUGUGCAGCUCCUUGUUAUGAAGAUGCCAUCAAAAAGUCGGACUGCAACUCGACCGACGUGAAAUGUGUGUGCUCAACUCAAGUCAUUAUCCAAACAGCAGAGGCAUGCGCCGCCCAAGCAUGUCACGUCAGAGAUAGUCUGACAACGCUCAACAUGACAUACACCUACUGCGAAGUCCCCGUACGAAAUAAAACCCCCAUCUUCAUCAACGUCACAAUCGUCCUCGGCGUGAUAUCUGGCGUCGCAACCGCCCUGCGUCUCUGGUCCAAGUUCUUCUACACCAAGACCGAACUCGGCCUUGACGACCUCUUCAUCGUACUCACGCUCUUCAUCGGCAUGCCCUCCACCGCCAUGAACAUCCACGGAACCGCCGGGCACGGAGAAGGCCGCGAUAUCUGGACGCUGGAGUUUGAUGACAUCACAAAGUUUGGGUUUUACUUUUGGCUGCUCGAGAUAUUCUACUUUGCACAGGUUUCGCUGCUCAAGACGUCGUUGUUGUUCUUUUACCUGAGGAUCUUCCCGGGGAAUGCGCAAAAGCUGCUCUGGGGGACUAUUAUUUUCAAUAGUGUUUUUGGUGUCUUGUUUAUGUUUUUGGCGGCGUUUCAGUGUACGCCUGUGAGCUAUUUCUGGUUGAACUGGGAUGGAGAACACAAGGGAACAUGCAUGAACUCAACUGCCAUCGGCUGGGCCAAUGCAUCUAUCAGUGUUGCUGUGGAUGUAUGGAUGCUUGCAGUUCCAUUGUGGUAUCUCCGAAAGCUCAAACUGCAUUGGAAAAAGAAGAUUGGUGUCGCUGCCAUGUUCAUCGUGGGAACCUUCGUCACCGUCGUGAGCAUCAUUCGUCUCCAAUUCCUCGUCGAUCUCGGCUCAUCUCACAACCCAACAUACGACCAAACCGACAUCUCCAUCUGGUCAACCGUUGAAAUCAACGUCGGUAUCAUCUGCGCAUCCAUGCCGGCUCUACGAGUCAUUCUCGUCCGUCUGUUUCCCUCUCUCGGAGGCUCAUCCUACGAUUCGAGCAAAUACAACAACUACGGGGAACAUUAUGGACGGAAAUCACAUAUCAUGAGUCGAAGUCGUGCUCGGGUGGAGUUACCUUCUCAUACAGGUGAUUCCAUACAUACGCCUGAGCAUGGAGGUAUUGAGUUGCAGAGGACGUUUCAUGUGCAGUAUAGUGAAAAUGAUGAGCAGAGUCUUGUUAAUGGGGAGAGUAAGUUUAACAAGACGCAGGUUACGACUCAGAUGAGGUCUGAAAGUCCAAGCGAUAGGUCAUUGUAG